GCAGCUUCCCGGGCGGGCGCGGGGUGUCUUUCGUGGCGCGGCGGUCUGACAUGGAACGGCAAGAUGCUGAGUGGCCGCGGGCGUGCAGGACGGCGGUCGUCGUGCCGGUGCUGAAGGACUGGUGGCUACCGAGCGCCGAGUACCAUCAGCAACUGCACAGCGACGGGUACGGGCAGCUGCUGAAGCGAGGGUUCCAGCUGAGCUGGGAGCCGAGCGCGGGGCCGUGCUACGUGUGCGAGCAGACCAAGGGGAAGUGCAGCUACAACCACAGGGGCGAGUUCGUCGGCUGCCUGUGCUCCGACGGCAGCGUUCGCACCUCGGAUUGCAGACAUAGAAGCUCAAAGAAGAAAGACAUAACAUAUAUGGUAUCGGCUAUCUCAGGUGCAAUUUUACUGUCACUUCUCCUUUGUAUAUGUGUCGUAUACUCCAAACGGACUCCAACCAUUGAAUCAUUCUUGCAAAAUCAUGAAGCUCUGUACCCAAAGAGAUAUACUUAUUCAGAAGUGAAGACACUAACCGAGUCCUUCGCCCACAAGCUAGGGAAAGGGGGUUUUGGUACUGUAUACAGGGGCAGCUUGCCAAAUGGGCGUCUUGUAGCAGUGAAGCUUCCCAACAAUUCGAAAGAUGAUGGCCAGGAAUUCAUGAACGAGUUAGCAAGCCUUAUGAGAACUUCUCAUGUUAAUGUUGUGACUUUGCUAGGUUAUUGUCUCCAAGGACCAAAAAGAGCUCUGAUCUACGAGUACAUGCCAAAUGGUUCACUUAACAGAUUUGCAUUUGGACGAAACUCUGAAGGGGAGAAGUCACUAAGUUGGGAGAAAUUGUUUGGUAUUGCAGUUGGCAUUGCCCAUGGACUUGAGUAUCUUCACCGGUGGUGCGGUACUAACAUCGUGCAUUUUGAUAUUAAACCCCACAAUAUCUUGUUGGAUCAAGAUUUGUGCCCAAAAAUAUCUGAUUUUGGAUUGGCAAAAUUGUGCAUGGCAAAAGAGAGCAUUAUCUCUAUUAAUGGUACAAGGGGAACCAUCGGCUACAUUGCCCCAGAGGUCUUCUCACCGCAAUUUGGACAAAUAAGUAGCAAGUCUGAUGUCUAUAGUUACGGGAUGACGGUCCUUGAGAUGGUCGGAGCAAGGGAGAAUAUCAGUAAAAAUUCAGAGACUAGCAGCAAAUAUUUUCCUCAAUGGAUCUACGAGAACAUGGAGGAAUACUGCCUGAAUGCCGGUGGGAUCAGUGCUGAUAAUGAGAUUGUCAGAAAGUUGAUAAUAGUUGGAUUGUGGUGCAUACAGCUGCAGCCUAACAAUCGCCCAUCUAUGACUAGAGUAGUUGAAAUGUUAGAAUGUAGGGAAGGUGAUUUGCAUAUUCCACCACAAUCUCUCUUGUGCUGACAGAGUGGAAGUUUCAGUUUAAGCCUAUCAGUAUUUAUGUACGACUGUACCUCCAGCAAAAUUAAGAUUAAAACCAUACAUUCUUCAACAAAACAAAAUGUUGUUUC